AUGAGCUCGUGGGUAGUGGUUGACGACACACCCACAGCUACAGUCGUUUGGAUGGCUGCUGAGCAGAUCGGUAAAGCCAAGAAUCACGAGCAGCUUCAGAAGAUCUGCGACUACCUCGUCAAUAAGCACUGGUUCCAGACUGCGGGGGAUCUAAGAAGUGCUCGACAAGAAGCUAUCGAAUGGCAAGCGCUGGAGGUGCCAGGACGUCUAAAGCUUGCCAUUCAGCAAGUUUUGGAUCAAUCGACGCUCCACGAGUCGGUGCCAAACUACGGCUACGACGAAUACUACGCGGCAGUCCGUCCUUCACAAGAACCAAAAAGUGAAGCCACAACGCAGGAGUGGACCGAGGCUUCGACUAGCUAUGCCUCUGCUGAAGGGACUGAUCAAACAACAGCGAAUUACUACUACUACUCAAAGGCAGCGACCACCUUGCUUAGUUUGCAUGGAAGUUUGGAGCAGUCUCAAGACGGCGAAAGUGACGUCGUUGAAGCGCACGCCCUGGAAGCAGAGGCCGCUGAAGAAUACCAAGAGAGCGAGAUGACAAUAGAGCAGCCAUCGUACGCUGUAGAGCUUGGCGAGUCAACUCAACAAGAUGCCAGUGGAACUAGCGGGACCUGGAGCUGCGGCCAGUGCACGUACCUGAACCCGGUGACGUCGUCGUUCUGUGAGAUGUGUAUCGGUCAUAUUUCACUGUCUUCAGACGUCAAGACGACAGCCGACACAAGCGUCUCUGCCUCCUUGCUGGUCCCAGCCAAGCCGCUGGUCGAUAUAGCAGCGAGUUCGCCUCAGAAAGAGCCUCCAGUCCUUCAAUCUUCACAGCCAAGGGUGACCUGUAUGGCGUCUCCAAUAGGUUCAUUGUAUCCUCCGUCAGCACCAGACUUCGAGAGCUCUGAAGAAGAACGGGUAGACACGUCUCCACUCCCCCCUCCACCGCCAUAUCCAGGCACCAGCAGCUGUGGUAACGUAGACUUCCUGGCGCUUGCAUUUAGUGGCAAUAGUGCUCCGAAACCACAAGUAACUCCUCGCUCUUCACCCACAGGGAAAAGCUGUCAAAUGCGGCGUGAAGAGACCACCGCUGAGUACACGUUUUAG